AAUCGUAGUCACCCAGCUCCCCAGCCCGACCGCCUCAUCUUCAGUCUGUGCUCCCCUCCGUCUGCUUAAAGUGAAGCUACAAUGGCUUACAAUAAGAAGGCAGUCUGUGCUUCGCUGGAGAACCUUUCCAAGAGUAACUUCGAAAAGUUCCGCCAGGCUCUAGUGGACCGCCGCGGGGACCGGAGGGUGCCGUUCAGCAGGGUGGAGGACAAGAACCAUCUGGAGGUCACCAACGUGCUGGUGUCCACCUUCACCGAGGACGGGGCUCCGUCAGUUGCCGCCGAGCUUUUGAGGGAGAUCGGCUGCUUCGACGAGGCGCAGAAUCUGGAUGAGGAGAUUAGCAAACACUCCUCGAAAGCACCUUUGGACAAACAACGCCCGGCUGGAGGCCCGCCCGGAGGCCCGGACGACGAGAAGCAUUUUGUGGAUCGACACAAGAUGGAGCUGAUCAAGCGACUGACCAACAUUAAUCCCAUUCUGGAUCACCUCCUGGAAAAGAAAGUCAUCAAGGAUGAAGUUUAUGAGGAAAUCAGGGCUGUGAAGUCCAACCAGCAGAAGAUGCGGGAAAUCUACAUACAGGCUCUCAAAUCUGGCAACCGGGCCAAAGAUAUCUUCUUGGAGGCCCUGGCAGAGAACGACCCGUACCUCGUGGAAGACCUCAAGGAGAACAAGUAGAGCCAGCCGUGGUGGUCUUCCUUGGCAUGGUAUCGAUAAGAAAAAGUAAUUGGUAUCGUAUCAAAUCCAAAAAUGGCAUUUUAUUUUUUCCAUGCAUUGGGGUUUUUUUUAUUAAACAAUCAUCUCUG